GGCUUUCGUCCUCUUUCUCUACCCAUCGCUGACUCAGCGAGAUGGCCACGAUUACGCAUUUCGAGAUUCACGAUGUGCGGUUCCCGACAAGCUUGACGGGCGAUGGGACGGACGCGAUGAACACCGACUGCGACUACUCGUCCGCGUACAUCUCGCUCUACACCUCGUCCGACCUCGUAGGCCACGGCAUGACCUUCACCAUCGGCCGCGGGAACGACAUCGUCUGCGAAGCCAUCCGCCAGGUCGCCAGCCGCCUCGUGGGCAAGAGCGCCGAGGAGCUCUUCGCGGACAUGGGCAAGGCCUGGGAGCUGCUCGUCGCCGACCCGCAGCUGCGCUGGAUCGGCCCGGAGAAGGGCGUGAUCCACAUCGCGACCGGCGCGGUCGACAACGCGCUCUGGGACAUGUACGCCCGUGCACGCAACAAGCCAUUGUGGAAGCUCGUCGUGGAUAUGAGCCCUGAGGAGCUCGUGCGCUCCGCGGCGUGGCGCUACAUCUCGGACGCGAUCACGAAGGAGGAGGCGCUGGCCAUGCUGAAGAAGAACGAGGCGGGGAAGAAGGAGCGCGAGGCGCACGUCCGCGAGGUUGGAUACCCAGCGUACGUCACCUCCGCGGGCUGGCUCGGCUACUCGGACGAGAAGGUCGCGCGGCUCACGAAGGAGGCCGUCCAGGCGGGCUUCAACCACUUCAAGAUGAAGGUCGGCGCGAGCCUCGAGAACGACCUGCGCCGCGGCAAGAUCAUCCGCAGCAUAAUCGACGACCCGCAAUACUUGCCUGAAGGGAGCAAGGCGAGGGACCCGAACGGCCCGGAGCUGAGGGGGAAGAACGCGGGCCCGACGGGCGCGGUGCUCAUGAUCGACGCGAACCAGGUGUGGGACGUCCAGCAGGCGAUCGACUACGUAAGGGGCCUGGAGGAGAUCAAGCCUUGGUUCAUCGAAGAGCCCACCGCGCCCGACGACAUCCUCGGGCACGCGGCGAUCCGCAGGGCGCUCAAGCCGCACGGGAUCGGCGUCGCGACGGGCGAGCACGCGCACAACCGCAUGGUGUUCAAGCAGUUGUUGCAGGCGGAGGCGAUCGAUGUCUGCCAGAUCGACUCGUGCAGGCUCGCGGGGGUGAGCGAGGUGCUCAGCGUGUUGUUUAUGGCGGCCAAGUUCGGGGUGCCGGUGUGCCCGCAUGCAGGGGGUGUUGGUUUGUGCGAGUACGUUAUCCACCUGAGCCUAAUCGACUACAUCGCCGUCUCGGGCAGCAUGGAGCGCAACGUGCUCGAGUUCGUCGACCACCUGCACGAGCACUUCCUCUUCCCGUGCUCGAUCAACGCGCGCGGGCGCUACAACGUGCCCGCCAACCCCGCGGAGGGGUACAGCAUCGAGAUGCGGAAGGAGAGUAUCGCGGAGUUUGGGUUCCCGCAUGGGAGUUAUUGGGUCAAGGCGAAGGGGGGGAAGCAGUGAACGAAGGGAACAUGUGACAGUACUGAGUUGGGCAAAAAGUUUGAGUUGUGCAAUAACGAUGUGUAUCAGUGAUCACGGUGUUCAGUUGUACUCGUCGAUUAUUUUUUGAUUACUCAAAGGGCGGAUUGGGACACGCGUGACAUGACGGUAAGGAUAGAUGUCCCUGAGACGUCGUACCGAGAACAAGUGUAGCGCA